UCCAUUUCACAUUCACGCGACAUCCAAUUGUAAAGAAGUGUGGUGCCCGUUCGCCGGUAGUGAUCCAGUUCUGUCAUAUUUUUCACAUUAUCUAAAAGUUCCGUGAAAUACAAAUUACUUCCAAAAUGAGUGGAUUGGCGAAAACGAUCUUCAGACUGCCGUCCUUGAUGGGAUUAACAAAUGGUAUGCGAAGUACCAUGGGAAAACGUGAAUUCACGAGAACUCUUUGGCACAUGUGUAAGCGACCCGAGGAUCGGCUAGGCGUUGUGGGCAUUACUAAUCCUAGCAUGGCCUGCAAAUGCGGAUGCGGCGGACGACAUGUCCAUACAAAAGGAGAACGUGAGUUAGUUGAAUUUCUCACAGAAGAAAUCGUAGCAGAACGUAAAGCCCAAAAAAUAAAAACCAUUCCAACUGAAGUUGAGGGCUUUAAAGUAAAACUAAAUGGAGCCGAAGUCGAAUUAACUAAACAAACAGAUAAGGAGAAAAUUGUAAUUUCCUUCAACGUGAACCACACUGUCGAUGCCGAUGACGAUGCCGAAAUCGACCCGUCAGCGGAGAAAGGAGAGUUUGCUGAAAUGAAGAGCCGACCGCAAUUCGAAGUCGAUAUCGUCAAAGGGGAUACGACAGUAUCAUUUACGUGUUCAUACCUACAAGGACAAGCACAAGAGGGCGAAUAUGAUGAUGUGUUCGGCAUCGACGAAAUGACCAUUUUCAAGGGUGAAUGGAAUGAUAAAGUCUACGCAGUCGCCGGUGAUGUUUUAGACGGGUAUUUGUACGAUCUUCUCAUGAAUCUUCUUGAGGAGAAAGGAAUCAGCAAUGACUUUGCCGAAAAACUUUCCGAUCUGAGCACGGCUUACGAGCACUCAUCAUAUGUCGGUCUCUUGGAGAACUUGUCCAAAUUCACGACAGGCCCCGCCGAAAUGUUGGUGGAAAAGCAAAAUUUAGAAGAGAAAGAAAGCGUUCGAGUAUCCGAAACAAAAUAAAUUUAUAACUUCAUCCCUGCAGCAGAGUAUGAAUAAUUUCGGUUGAAAUGAACGUACAAAAAAAAAAGAAGAUAUUUAUUAUGCCUUUUUGUUGAAAUAAAAUUUAGUUCUUGUAAAGCGAA